AUGGAUGCAACUACAGCUCAGCCUCUGGCCGACCGCUCAACCAACACCCACCUGAAAAGCGACAAGACCGACGUGAAGGGUGACAUCUCAUCAAUGGAGUACCAUCGUCAGGUAUUGCAGGGCAAAGUAACAGGCGAGGAACAACCAACCUCCUAUGUCUCCCCCUCAGACGAUAUCAUGAGUCCCUGCACGAAGAAGUUGAGCGAUAUCAAGGGCAAGCGGUUUAAGAAUGCCGGAAAGCCCCAGUCGCUGUUCGCUAAGCUCGGCAAGAAGAGCUACGAGCAAUCUACAGCCGAGCAGGGUCGGGCCGAGAACUAA